AUGGCGACGCUGGGGUCUGUUAGCCCCGUGGGGGUCCCGGCAGCCUGCAGGCUGCCCCGCCUGGCCACUGCCUUCCGGCCCUUCACCCCGACAGCAGCGAGGGCCAUGCCCCUGGUGCGGCGCGUGCUGGACCAGAUUCGUGGGCGCAGCUACGAGGAGGCCAUCAUGAUCCUGGAGUACAUGCCGUACCGCGCCUGCGAGCCCAUCCUGGCCACCCUCCUGUCCGCCGCCGCCAACGCCAAGCACAACCUGGGCGCCAAGAAGGCGGCGCUGUUCGUGCACGAGGCCUUUGCGGACGGCGGACCGUCCAUGAAGCGAGCAAUGCCGCGAGCGCAGGGCAGGGCCGACCGCAUCCUCAAGCCCACCUUCCACCUGACCAUCCGCCUUCAGACUCGGGCGGGGCGGGCAUGA